ACGCCGGCGAACAAUCUCGUCCAGGUAGCUAGUUCGUAGACUGCUGGUAUGGAUUAUAACGUAAGAGGAUCAGUAGUUGUGAUUGAAGAUGAUGUCGCUUUUGAAGAUCUGGCGAACUACAUGGUAAACUUGCCUGGACGAGAGGAAUCUGACGAUGGAUUUUAUGUGAUGAACCUAGACGACAUUAUUGAGAAAUAUCAAAAGUGGGUUGGCCUUCUUCCAAGGAUUCGCCCAUUUUACGCCGUUAAAGCAAAUCCUGAUCCAGUUAUUGUACGUCUUUAUGCCAAGAUGGGCACAGGAUUUGACUGUGCGAGUAAGGGAGAGAUAAGAUUAGCCCUAGAUAACGGCAGCAACCCACAGGAUAUCGUAUACGCUCACACAUGCAAAAAACUCUCUUAUAUCAAGUUUGCAAAAGAAUCUGGAGUGUCGAUGAUGACGUUUGACUGCGAAUCAGAGCUGCACAAGAUAAAGGAAUUAUUUCCARAGUCUGAGAUUUUGCUCAGAUUCUCUCCAACGCUUCGCCAUUCAGUCUACGAUGCUAAUGGUCACAAAUUUGGUGCUCCUCUUCGAGACUGCAGCACUCUUCUCGCCAAUGCUAAGAACUUAGGCUUGAAUGUCGUCGGCAUAAGUUUUCACAUCGGCUGUGGAUGCCAUGAUGCAACACCUUACCAAGAUGCCAUCAGAAAUGCCAGACACGUGUUUGACAUUGGGAUUUGCGAAGUGGUCAACACAGCACUCGACAAAUACUUUCCCGAAGGGAGUGGGGUGAAGAUCAUUGCUGAACCAGGCAGGUAUUUUCCUAUCACAUCGUGUACGCUUGUGGCAAACGUUACCACGGUCAAAGAGAUCAAGAAACAUCAUCUGGAAGAAAAAGACAUUGAUUGUCCUCCAGUGACAUUUAAUGGAGAGGACACAGAAACGGGAUACAUGUAUCACAUCGACGAAGGAAUYUUUGGUUCGUUUUUGAGAGUGCACCUUGAUCCAGACCUUGACGUGUUCGAGAAACCGAAGACAUUAAAGCAGCACAAUGACAACAUGACGUACCCCUCGAGUAUCUGGGGACAAAGCUGCUGUACUCAUGAYUACGUCAACAAAAACUGUAUGCUACCAAAGCUGUCUCCUGGUGACUGGAUGUAUUUCGAGAACAUGGGUGCCUAUACGCGUUCCGUCUCAACUCGCUUCAACGGUUUCCCGACUCACUACACCUAUUACUACGUCACACGGAAAACAUGGUGA